AUGAACAAGGAAAUACAACGAUUGAAAACAUUUGAUGAUGACGAAGAUAAAUAUGCCUAUCAUCCAAAAGUGAUUGCAAAAGCUGGUUUUUAUAAAGUCGAAAACGAAUUCAUCUGCUUCAAUUGUAACUUGAAGCUUAGUGCUAAAGAUAUUGAUACAGGGAAGAAUAUUGUGGAGAUCCAUCAAGAUAGAGAUGCAUCAUGUACCUUUGCACAUAAUUUGCCUUUCCUUCCGAGAUCAAGAUUAUAUAAAGAUGAGGAAGAUACAGAGGAAUCUCGGAGAUCCACAUAUUAUGAUAAGGAUAAUUGGCCUCUUAAAGAUCAAUCAUUCGUAGAGAAAUUAGUAGAAGCAGGAUUCUAUUAUACAGAGGACGAUGACGAUCCAUGGAUACAACACGCUAUGUGGAAUCCUAAUUGUAGUUAUAUUCAAUUAAAAAUGGGGGAAGAUUGGGGAGAUUUCGUCAAAAAGACGAUGAAGAUAAAGGAAAAUUUGUAUAGAACGCCUGCUAUUAAGACCAGAAGCAAUAUAACGGAAAUAGACUGGAAUACUCUUCUAGGCUUGAUUUCACUAAAGAAUUACUAUUAUCAGACUUCCCGACUAGGGCUGUUAGAGACGCCCUUGAAUUACAGAUUUUGCUGA